UGCGCUCCAGGAGCCGUGCAGGACAGGCAGUGCGAUCAUCAGAGCACUGAUGAUCAGUGUGCCCUGAUGAUCAGUGUAGCCUGAUGAUCAGUGCCCAUCAGUGCCAGCUCUCAGUGCUCAUCCAUGCCACCUGCCAGUGCCCAUCAGUGCCACAUAAGUGCCACAUUUCAGUGCCACAUCAAUGCCACAUAUCAGUGCCCAUCUGAGCUGCCUUUCAGUGUCACCCAUCAGUGCCAGUCAGUGCCACCUAUCAAUGCCAGUCAGUGCCGCCUAUCAGUGUGCACAGUGCCGCAUAUCAGUGCACGUCAGUGCUGCCUAUCAGAGCCGCCUAACAGUGCCAGUCAGUGCCGCCUAUAUCAGUGCCAGUCAGUGCCACCUAUCAGUGCUGCCAAUCAG